CGAACUAAAGCUUUUCCGAUCUCAGGAAACUUCAACGAAUCCUCAUCACUCUAUUAUGAGCUCCAUCCAUGGCUGCCCUGCUCCUUAUAUAUAUAUAUAUAUGGACAAAUAUAUACAUAUAUCUAUAAGCAACUCACCAUAGAAGAAAAGAGAUAAGCUCCAUUAAUGGCCGCAGACAAUGGAAGUAAGAGGCUUUCCGAAGCCGCCAUUGAAGGCAACGUAACAACGUUGUUAGAGCUGCUCCGACAGGAUCCUAUGUUGCUGGCCAGAGUUAACCUCAACGACUUCAACGAGACGCCUCUACACGUGGCGGCUCUUCUUGGACACGUCGGAUUUGUGGAUGAGAUUCUGAAGCGAAGGCCUCAGCUGGCUAAGGAGUUGGAUUCCCGCCGUUUUUCAGCCCUCCACUUGGCGGCCGCCGAAGGGUUUGUGGAAAUUGUGAAACUUCUGCUGCGAGUUGAUGCUGGUAUGUGCUUUGUCUGCAACCAAGAUGGCCGGAACGCUAUCCACCUCGCCGCCGUUAGAGGCCGGCUUGAUGUCUUGGCUGAGCUCGUCCGUGUCCGACCGGCUGCUGCUCGGAUGGCGGUGGACGGCGGCGGAACGGUGUUGCAUUUAUGUGUGAAGUAUAACCAGGUGGAAGCGCUGAAGAAGCUGAUUGAAACUGUGGCUGUGGAUGACAGUCACUUUGUUAAUGCUCAGGAUGAUUAUGGCUUCACUAUCCUCCAUCUUGCUGUCUCCAUGAAACAACUUCAGGCUGUGGAGUACCUAAUCAACCAUACAAGAAUCAAAGUAAAUGCCAAAACCACAAAUGGGUUAACAGCUCUGGACAUUCUAACUCAAAGCCAUAGAGAUUUAAAGGACAUGGACAUCGCAGAGACUCUCACAGCUGCCAAUGCCAUCCGAACCACACCAAAGAAGCCUCCAUCAUCGUCGAUGUCACAGUCGUCUUCUUCGCCUUCUUCCUGUGUCAGCAAAAUGGAAAAGACUCAAUCUUGGAAAUGGCUUCUCUCCGCCGUCUUCCACAACGGAGAUUGGUGGUUCUUUAACCAGAAAAGCGAGUGGCUGAGGAAGCAAGAUUCAUUAAUGGUGGUGGCAUCACUGAUCGCGACAAUGGCUUUUCAAGCCGGAGUCAACCCUCCCGGCGGCAUUUGGCAAGACGAUAAAGCCUCAGGGAACCCAAAUCAGCCGGCCGGAACGUCGAUAUUCGCCGGAAAACACCUACAAACCUAUAAUAAGUUUCUGGUGUUUAACACAAUGGGAUUCAUGACUUCCCUGAUUGCGAUUCUGAUGAUAAUCACUGGGUUGCCGGAGAAACGCAUUUUCAUGAGGGUUUUGAUCGUUACGAUGUGGAUUGCAGUGAGCUCCAUGGCUUAUACUUAUGGAUACUCCAUUAGGUUCUUCACUCCACGAGCACCAAAACUCUCAGGCUCCGGUACUCCGUCGGGAGCCGACUCCGUCAUCUUUUUGAUUGCCAUUUUGGUGGCGAUAGUGGCUACUUCUUCAAUCGGUCUGUUCUUGAUUGGGAAGCUUUUCUACGUUCAUUCUCGACAGAAUAAGUCUACUAAGCAACCAGUCCCAUCCGAACAAAUUUAAUGGCUGCAUCACCCAAUUAUAACUCUUUCAAGUUCUAUACAUUUUGGUUUCAAAAUUGGCCGGAAUGUUCUUGUUUCUAGUUUUUCGAUUCUGGUUUGUUUAAGUUUUAUAUGUAUUUGGUAAUUGCCCUUUUCUUCUUUUUCAAAUUCAGAUAUGUAAAAAUAGUUUUGGAACAAAUAGACUUGUUUUCUUUGUAACCUUGUAUUUACCAUCUUGUCUGGAGGUUCGUUAUUCUAUUGGGUAUUAAAUUCAUACAUAGACAUCUUGAUUCAUGUUUUCACA